GAAGGCAAGCGCAUAAGUGAACGGAGGUCGAUAUUUCCGAUUUAAGAAAGAUGCCCGUUGAUAGGAUACUUCCUGACAACUCUAGGAGAGGAUAAAUUAAUGAUGACACUACGCAUCUGAUGAAACUAGGGAUCGUUCCCAAAAAUCAAAGUUCCAAGAUAUGGCGUUUGUCAGGAAAAAAAUCUUCUGUCGCGACAUGUCUUUUUCACCUUGCUUGUGGCCGCCAUUAGUUCACAAAUUCUUGGAAUCACAAAAUAUCGACAAAGGAAAUAUUUGACGUCAAACGCUUGAAGUGUUUGUUGUAUCAGAGAAUGUAGCAAAUAAUGUAAAGAAUUCAGAUAAUGUCCUCGGAUGAUAAUGAAAGAACCAACCUAAUGUCAACUGAGGGUGAGAAACAGAAAAAGACUCCAGACUGGAGUAAGUUUGGACUCACUAGUGAUGAACAGAAAUGGGCGUCGCCUCAGAAAUCUGACAGUACCUUUGGGAGUUAUCAGCAGGGUGGAGACGAACAGCAAAAUGACCUCUUUAGAGAAGAACAGAACUUGUCAGAACACAAGCCAUGGUGGAAAGCCAACUUUUUCAUUAUGGAGCCGGUGUUGUUUGGCACAUGGGAUGGUGUGUUCACUUCUUGCCUCAUCAACCUCAUUGGAGUCAUCAUCUUCCUUCGAAUGGGAUGGAUUGUGGGUAAUGCAGGAAUAUGGAUGACCAUAUUCAUUAUCUUCUGUGCUGUAUUUAUUGUGUUCAUUGUAGCCGUGAGUGGAAUCGGAGUGUGUGAGAGAUGUAAGAUGGGUAAAGGAGGUGUUUACUUCCUGUUAUCUCACGUGAUGGGAGGACGAAUAGGUGGCAGUCUAGGAAUCAUCUAUUGCUUUGCACAGGCUGUAGGAUGUUCGUUGUCGGUGAUGGGAUUUGGUGAAUCUAUCCUUGGAUUAACAGGGUUAGAUAAUCCAUGGAUAGCUAAAGGCGUAGCAACAGGUCUAGUCAUACUUCUCUUAGGUAUUAAUGUAGCGGGUGUCAAAUGGGUCGUCAGAUUCCAAUUAAUACUACUUAUUGUUAUGUUUUUGUCUGUGAUGGAUUUUCUGGUGGGAUCAUUUGUACAUACAGAGCCAGAGUCUGGUUUCACAGGAUAUGAAAGUUAUAAUCUCCAAAACAACUCAGGACCACAUUAUGUUGAGGGUCAGAGUUUCUUCACAAUUUUUGGACUAUUUUUCUCCACUGUGACAGGGAUUCUGGCAGGCAUUAAUAUGAGUGGUGAUCUCCACGACCCUUUAUCUAAUAUACCAAAUGGCACUUUGGCAGCUUUAGGAUCCUCAACUUUGCUGUAUAUAUGUUUUACUAUUGUGUUAGGAGCUUCAUGCCUUCGUCCCUACCUCCAAGCUGACUAUAUGAUAUCACAAAAGGUAUCAGUAGUUGGUGUUUUAUGGUUAGCAGGAUUGUAUAUAUCAUCAAUAUCUAACUGUAUGGGUAGUUUAUAUGGCCCACCUCGAAUCUUACAGUCCAUAGCCAACGAGAAUGUUAUACCACUUAUCAGAAUUCUAGGCCAAGGGAGAGGCCCAAACAAAGUUCCCAUCUACGCAUUAAUAGUUAUAAUUCUUAUCGUUCUGUUAUUUGUUUUUGUUGGAGACGUUAACACAUUAGCGCCAAUUGUCACAACAGCUUUUAUGAUCACAUACGCUGCUGUAGACUACUGUUACUUUGCUCUUGCCAUGACUUAUGAUCGUCGUCAAGAACGAGACUUGAGAUAUGGACCUCCAAAGAGGGAUUCCAAGGGAGAAAUUGCAAAUGGAACUGUUGGGUACGGCACAACAGGCUCCUCCCUGGAUGUUAGGCCAAAAGAUUCAUUUGAGAAAGUGAAAACCGACUUGGAUAAACUUUUCCCCGAGAGAAUGACCCAAAGAGGGCAGCACCAUCAUAUACGAGAGAGUAGCUAUAAGACUCUGAGUAAUGAUUCCACACCAGAUGCUGACUUUGAUGCUACGAAGAGAGACAAAUCAUUGGAUGCCUUCUCUGAACAUACAGAUACCUCAUCUCUACUUGUAGACAAAGAUGGCACUGGUGAACCAAAGAAAUCUUUGAGUGAUGAGAUCACAAAGUUACCAAGCUCCUGGUAUUCUGUUCUGUGCAAUAGAUGGCUGUCAUUAUUUGGUGUCAUUGUGUGUAUUAUCAUCAUGUUUUCCAUCAAUUGGAUUUAUGCCUUCGUUGAGUUAUCUGUAGCUUUCAUCAUUUAUAUUUACAUUGGGCAGGCUAGCCCAGGUUAUUUUCCAGGUAUAGCAGAAUUUAACAUGUAUGAUUGGAUAAAAGAAGGAUUCCAAAGAUGCUGCAGGGGAGGUAAACAUCCAGAGGAAAUUAUUGUUGCCCCAACAACACCCGCUGUCCAAACACUGGCAUCCCAACUUACAGAAGACAAUGAAGAUUUUGCCAGUAGAGGGCGUUAUCAUCAAUCAGAAAUAGUCAGGGGAGAGAACUUUGAUGAAUAUGACAGCAGCUAGUCACUUGUGUGUUUUAGGUCAUGUAGUUUUAGAAUGUAAAUUCAGUAUUGUCAAUGAAUGUGAUCUUUAUUUUUGAAUCAGUUGGUGACAUAAAAUUGGCAUUGUUUUUAGGGUAGUCAUGUAUUAAUGAUAUGAUUGAAUAAUGUUAAUUUCAGAAAUUUUUGCCUUCAUUUAUGAUUUUGGCAGUUAAUCAGUUUACAGACUAUAAUUUGCUGUAUUUAAAAGAAUCCAGAAAAAUUUAAUUGGAAUUUUAGAUUUACAAUGCUGUCUUUCUUCUUUACAGCCGACAAACCAUGCCAAAAUUUCUGAAUUACUUUUAUUGAUGUUUUUACAUUUUUUUCUGAAUUUAAAUUGAACCAACUAUUUUUGGCCAAACAGAUAAAUCUUCAACCUCAGAAGUCAAUACAAAAUACAAAAAAAUCUUAUUUAUGGUUCUUGGCUUAAAGGUGGCUCAUGGGUACAAAAGUUUUAGCAAAAAAUUAAACCUUUAUUUUUUCAUUACAAAUUUAUUUUUUAUACACUAUUAGUUGUCACUUUAUGAUAUGGUACAAAAAACAACCCAAAAAAUUGAUUUGGUUUGGCCCCAGAUGACUUUUAAAAUUGAAAAAGCUCCAAAUUAUCUCCCUUUGGUGCAAAAAUGCCAUUUUUGUGCCUUAAAUUUGAAAUAUCUUUUUUAACUCAUCGGUGACCUAUAUUUUUUAUUAUUGUUUUCAAAUAAGCUGUACAUAAACUAAAUUAUUGUAAAAUUUAAGCGAUUUCUUAUAUUAGGUUCUUUUUUUAUUUCGAUAUUUCCUCUUUUUCUCCUAUUAGUUCAACAGAAAAAAAGGACAUUAACAAAAAUGUAUGCUUCUUCCAGAGGCAGAUUUUAGCUUAAAUGAACGGUGACCCCAUUUUUUUAUUUCAUUUUUCUUUUAAGUAUAUGAUAAAGUUCAUUUAUGAAAAAAUAUAGGGAAAUCCUAUAUUAGGAAAAAAAAAUCAUUUAUACCCAGGAGCCCCCUUAAGAAACAUUGGCAUUGAGUUUUUCUUUCAAAAGGGAGCAACACAUUUUUCACAGCCAAAUGUUUGAAAAUGAAUUUCAUUUAAUUAGACCCGUUUAGAAAUUCUAGUUAUUUUAUUGUGAUAUUUGUUUUUGCUAAUUUUCAACUAAAAAAAAUUCAAAAUGCAUUUACAUUUUAUUUUUAUUGUCUUCAUUUUACAAAUAUAUUUUAUUUUUUAAGGAUGUAGGUAUGACCACUGGGAUUAUUACCUCCCUUGAAAGUUUUUUAAGCAGAAUCUCAAUUAUGGUGUUAAGCCAGGUUAAAUAGGUAUUUUGUUUUCUUUUUUCUGUCCAUCUUUUUUUCUGCAUAUCAGUUCAUAUACUUUAUAAUUCAAUUUAUUGUAAAGAAUAUAUUUUAAUCUCUUUUAUUUUUUGAUAAAAUGUGAUUAGAAUUAAAUUUUCAUAAAUCGUUAAUUGCAAAAGUAUUGUUUUAGUCCAUACUAUGUAAUGAAUAAGAUUUAUGAAUCUCAAGUCUUUCCCCCCUUGUCUGUGGCCUCUAACUGCCUGCUCUGAGUUACAAAACAUUGUAACAUCUAUUCUGUAAAAAAAAAUCAAUAAAAGAAUAUUAAGCAUUUCCUAGGUUCUAUAAAAAAAAUUAUUAAUUAAUUAAUAAAAGAAAAUUUAUUUUCUCAUGAGCUUUUUGGAAAUUCAAUCCAUUUUGUCAAUCAGCACUGUGAUGAUGACAUGACAAAAAUAAAUGAAAGGUUUUUGGAAAGUUUCUUCCAUAUAACGGCUGAGUAAACCAAUGAAAAAGUGUCUGAAUUUGUAUAAUACAGCUAAAAGAUUAUGGAAAAGGUUAAUAUUAGGAAGAUGUAUUCUACUAUCAUGACUAUGUUAUAAACUAAUGAUAUAUCAGUCAGUUUAUCGAAGAUCUUCAUAGCUUUAAAGUGUCAUGGGUAAAAGUAUUUAAUCACUGUUUUCUUGUAAAUGU